AUGAAGGCGGCGCAAUUACUUGAGUUUCAGAUGCAAGCUUUGGUUUAUAGAUACAUAGAAGCUGGUAUUCGCGUGCCUCAUCAUCUUGUGGUGCCUAUUUGGAACAGCCUUGCUCUCUCUUCUUCUUCCUCCAAUUACCUUAUCCACCAACACCACCAUCACUCUUCUUCUCUGAUGAGUGAUAAGGUGGAAACUGAACCCACAAGGUGCAGGAGAACAGAUGGGAAGAAAUGGCGUUGUAGCAACACGGUCCUUCUGUCUGAGAAGUACUGUGAACGGCACAUGCAUAGAGGCCGUAAACGUUCAAGAAAGCUUGUGGAAUCUUCUUCUCCUUAUGAUGUUGCUUCGUCCUCUGCUACAACCAAACACGACAACACUUGCGGGUUGGACAGUAGUAAUGAGAGUCAGAGUGUUUUUCAUGGGACAGUGCCGGUUUCUAGUAAUGCUCAGGAAGUUACCAUUGCUUCAUUGCCUAGUAGUGCCAGUGCCUGUGAUAAGGUCACUCGUCCAUCUUUAGUGAUCGCUGAGUCCACCAACAAACGUGUGAGUCAUGGCGUUGAGAGCAGAAGGGCCAUGGAGAUGAGUUAUGAUGACUUCAUCAAACAAAGAGAUUCGAAUAUUUGUGUUAGAGGAAUCCCCGUUCAAGGUGAUAAGAGGUUACCUUGUGUUCAAAAGUUCUUUCCCGAGGCAUCUGAUAUUUCCUUAGAAGCUGCAAAAUUCCCAAGCAACAGGAAGAAUGAUAUAAUUGCAAGAAGCAGAGAAUGGAAGAAUAUGAAUUUUAAUGGUGGCUUGUUUCCUGGUAUCCACUUUUCUCCAGACACGGUUCUUCAAGAUCGUGGUGGGUUUCCUAUACACAGAGUUGAAAGAGACAAUGAACCAGGAAGGUGCCGAAGAACGGAUGGGAAGAAGUGGAGAUGCAGCAAAGAUGCUUUGUCUGGUCAGAAGUACUGCGAUAAGCACAUGCAUAGAGGCAUCAAGAAGAAGCAUCCUGUUGAUACUACUAAUUCACAUGAGAAUGCCGGUUUAAGCCCGUUAACAAUGAGAACAGCUGCUAGAUCUGUGUCAUGCAAAGAUGGAGAUGACAAGAAGCUCACUGUUCCAGUCCUGGGAAUUCCAAUGUCACGAGUUUCUGAUGAGAAGAGCACUAAAAGUUGCAGUACUGACACCACCAUUACUGAUACAGCUUUAAGGGGUGAAGAAGACAAUGAGGAGGUCUUGUCAUUAUGCUCUUCAGGUGUUUAA